UUUCAUUCAAUCGCGCCCGACACUUCACGCGGGGCGGUGGCGGUGCGUUCUCUCGCGCCUUCCGUUUACAUAGAGGCAAUCGAGGCACCUGAGAAACCAACAAACGACACUCGAUAGGCGGGCGAGGUCGAUAAACCCGUUUUGGGACUGAAAUCUACUCGGCGUGCAGACAUUGAGGACGCGGAGCACCACCAGACAUGUUUUAGCCAACCAUGACCCGUGACGGGGACAUCCCGACCAUCUUCAAUCCCCGAGGUCGAAACCGAGCUCCCAGCGUCGUUGUGACCGACGAGGGCGUCGCCAAUGGACCCUUCGCGCACGCCGACUCCGUCAGCAGCCAGCAGGAGUCCGGAGAACCCUUGUCGCCGGCUCCCACAGGUUGCGCGGGGCGCAUCAAGUCCUGCUCCACCUCGCUCUGCUCGAAGUCGGCCAGAAAGAUAUACUUUGGAGUAUGGGUGACUGUAUGUGUGACUGCGUCCUGGGUGGGAGCAACGCACUGUAUAAAGUACCUGUAUCUAAGGAGACCGAAAGACGUAGAGGCAAACGUGGACCCUGUGCUGGUGCCACACGACACGAGCGACUUCAACAUGACCCUUGUCCACUCACUUUACACUGCCUCUUAUCAGGCACCAUUCUUCACGACCUGGUUCGUGACCAACUGGACCAUGCUGUUCUUUCCCCUGUACUUCCUCACCCGGCUGAGCAACAGGAGAUGCGAAUCCAUCUCGGACAUCCUAUCGGAAAGUAUCCGGGACUUCAGGGACAAAGGAUUCACCGCAGUACGGUUCAUGACGCGCUGCAGCCUAUUUUGCAUUCUCUGGGUAGGCACCAACUACAUGUACAUAAUGUCCCUGAGGAUACUAUUAGCUACCGACGUGAUGGCUCUCUUCGCGACCAACGUAUCUUUCGUCUACCUCCUCUCCUGGGUCAUCCUGCACGAGCAGUUCGUGGGUAUCCGAAUAAUGGCUGUGAUAAUCUGCGACACCGGCGUCGCCCUGCUGGCGUACAUGGACGGCAUCACCGGGAGCCCCACGUUGGGCGGCGUCGUCUUGGCCACCUCCGCCGCCGCCGGCUCGGCCGUGUACAAGGUCCUGUUCAAGAAGGUCAUCGGGGAGUCGACGUACGGGCAGGUUGCCCUGUUCUUUUCUCUUAUAGGGAUGCUGAACGCGGCCUUUCUCUGGCCGUUGAGUCUGGGGCUCUUCCUCAUGGGCGUGGAGACGUUGCACUGGGAUAAGCUGCCCUGGCCCGCGCUGCUCACAGCCAGCAGCCUUUCUCUAGUUGCCAAUUUAUUGGGCAAUUUCAGCGUUGCCCUAACUUACGACUUAUUUAUUACAUUAGGGCUUAUAACAGCCGUUCCUGUAUCAGCUGCAUUGGACGUAGUGUUGUAUGGCGCCAACUUCGAAGGGAUGAAACUAGCAGGGAUGAUCCUCAUAGCCGUGGGCUUCUUCCUAGUGAUGUUUCCCGACAAUUGGCCGGAUUACAUUACUAGAUUACUAAGAAAUAUCAUUAUGUUGAGCCACAGCGCGAGGUGGAGCAGAAGAAGCAGGCACGGCUCCCAGGGCUCAAAUCGGAACAACGUGGUGGACUAUCGCACCGGCUACAUCCGUUCCCACCUCCGGUCACCUUCCGGGAGGGUCCGGUGACCUAGCCAGAGUUCACAAGGUGAUCCAAUGAAGGAAAUUCUUCUCACGGCCCUGUGAACUAGUAGAACUAGAUUUAGGUUCACUGGAUUUAGUGAUUCGUAAGGAAAUAACUCUUAGGGACCGUCGGGGUGAUACGCAGGUCUCGACAGGGGCUUCACGGCAAUGCCGGUUUCUAAGAAGUAUUCGUUUGUUGUAUAUUGGCCUUGGGGGUCAAUUUCAAAAUUGUCCUCAAAGCUCGUAGCCUAACUUAACUAGAGUAUAUAUGUUACGAGUUAUUUACUAUCAGAUAAUCCGAGGAUCGAUUUUUAACUUAAUUACUUCCUCUGGCGAUGCCCGAAUGAAGUUCGAAGUCUGUUUUGACCUGCCGAUCUCCACCGACGAUGUAAAGAAAAAUUAUUUAGGUGGAUCAACUAUCGUAUCCAAGAACACCAAUAACUUAGACUUUGUAUAUUGUCGAAUCAUAGAGAUUUAGGUACUAGUUACGUUUAUAUACAUAUAUAUACAACCAACACAUCCGGGAAAGUUUUGAAGCAUAGACUUUUAAGAAAGUUACCUUCUCUAUGUUAAAAAAUUAUGUGUUGUACGAUCUACUGAUUCGAUUAUUUGUUUUUAAUGUUACAUUAAAAAACAUAAAAUAUAUCGACGUACUGAAACUUUUAUAAGCAAAUAUUUUGGGAACAUUAAAAUUAUUUCGAGCUCAAAUAGUUUUUGUACAGUGGACAUUAGCAGCGCGUUUUGGAAAAUUCCUUCCGGGUCCAUAUUUUUAUCACAUAUACGUGUAUUAUUGGUUCUAGUUUCUCCUUAGUUGGUUCUUAAGACUGUGCCAAUCACUGUCUUUUGUAUUGGAAGUAGUUAAAAUUGUUUGUGUUUAAAAAUCGGUUGGGGAAUGUAAUUAUCAAAUCCAGAAGUGUUCUGUAAUAGAAACAGUGCUAUCAAAAGUGACAUUGUA